UAUGGACGCGACGCGCCUGUCUCGCUUGCAUGGCAACAAGAUCCUGUCAUGUCAUGACUGCCUCCAGGGUUGUUUGCUGUGGACCCACUUAAACGAUAAGAUAUGCGAGCACAUCCUGAGACGAUCCGUUGAUCUAUUAAUCCUGACAGUUGCUGUUCAUGGCCGGUAUAACUACUUGCUUUGACCAAACACAAGAACUGGUGCUGAUUCUGUUCAUGCUUGACAUGCUUUUGUUUGAGGUGACAUCUUCAUCUGCACUAGUUACAACACCCAUCACGCAAUGCUUAUAUAUAAUUAUAGAACAUUCUAGGUCCGCAAACUUGCCGCGCGGGCCGAAACGGCAAUCACGGCGAUCGAUCAGCAACCUGCAGACACAUCUUGGCACGUACUGCACAUCUUCUACAACACAUAUCUAAAGUACGGAUUCUGCUUGUCCGUCAAGUCCAUAAACGCCAACCUGUCUCGCUCAUCCUCGUCUACAGCCAUGCCCUCU